UUCCCGAGGGCACCGCACGUCCUCCUCCGCGGCUUGCGGCUGAUCCGGCUCCGGCGGCUGAGGGGUCGCGGGGAGCCCCGGGACCCUGCGACUGAAGCCGGGCGGGGACGGCCCGCCAGCCCCAUGCUCGCCGCUCCCCAGAAACUACAGCAACGUGGCUUUCGAUGCGUUGGAGGCUGCCUGUGGUCAGAGAGGGGCUGCCUGGCCCGGCAAAGUCCGCCUAGCUGACAGUCCACAGGAUACCGGCACCGUCCCUCUGCAGAGCCAGCCCAGCCAUGUCGAAGGAGGACGGUGACGCCAAACAUGCAGCAUCAGAGACAGCACCAGACCAGCGCUGGAAACUGCAAGUCUUCUACCUCUGCUUCUAUGGCUUCAUGACACAGAUCCGGCCUGGGGAGAGCUUCAUCACCCCCUAUCUCCUGGGGCCUGACAAGAACUUCACGCGGGCUGAGGUGACCAACGUGAUCACGCCUGUGCUGACCUACUCCUACAUGGCUGUGCUGGUACCCAUCUUCUUGCUGACAGACUACCUGCGCUACAAGCCAGUGCUGGUGCUGCAGAGCCUGAGCCAUAUCUCCAUCUGGCUGCUGCUGGUGUUCGGCACCUCUAUCCUGGCCAUGCAGCUGAUGGAGUUUUUCUAUGGUGUCACCAUGGCCGCCCGCAUUGCCUAUUCCUCCUACAUCUUCUCCCUCGUCACCCCAUCCCGCUACCAGCGUAUGGCCAGCUACUCCCGCUCCUCUGUCCUCCUAGGCGUCUUCACCAGCUCAGUGCUGGGUCAGCUCUGUGUCACCCUGGGUGAUGUCUCCUUCCUCACCCUCAACUAUGUUUCAUUGGGCUUCGUCAGCUUUGGCUUCAUCCUCACCCUCUUCCUUGAGCGGCCCCAGCGUAGCCUCUUCUUCAACCAUCCCAAGGGGGCUGGAGAUGGGGCUGCACCCAGUGAGCUGGACAAGAUGGCCGAGGGGGACAGUGGUGGCGGGACACAGGACUGGCAAGAGGCAGCACUGUGCCGUAUGCUGCGGGAAAUGGGAGCUCUGAUCAGGCAGCCCCAGCUGCGUCUCUGGUCUCUAUGGUGGGUCUUCAACUCAGCUGGCUACUACUUGAUGCUGUACUACGUGCAGAUCCUCUGGAACGAGAUCUACCCCGACGUGAACAAACGCUGGGUGUACAAUGGAGGAGUGGAUGCUGCCUCCACACUGCUGGGGGCUGGUGCCUCCUUCGCAGCUGGCUAUGUGAAGAUCCGCUGGACGCUGUGGUCAGAGCUGGUGAUUGGGGUGGUGACAGCUUUCCAGGCGGGGCUGCUCCUGCUUAUGACCACCACCAGCAACAUCUGGCUGUGCUACGCUGCCUACGCCCUCUUCCGUGGGUCCUACCAGUUUCUGGUACCCAUUGCCAUUUUCCAGAUUGCUACCUCGCUCUCCAAAGAGCUCUGUGCACUGGUCUUUGGGGUCAACACCUUCUUCUCCACCGUGCUGAAGACCAUCAUCACCAUCAUUGUGGCUGACAAGAGGGGCUUGGGCUUGUCCGUGCAUCCUCAGUUUUACGUGUACUUCGGCUACUUCACACUGCUGGCAGUGGCCUACCUGCUGGCGGCCAUUGUUGUGGGCAUCCAGCACAGCCGCCACAAGCAGCCAGCGGAGCAGGCCGUGUCCAAGGAGCUGUGUCCACUCCCUGCCGACACGCAGGCACAGGAGAAGAGCCCAGAGGCCGGUGCUGUGCGAACCUGAGCGCUGGCAGUCACCAAGGCUGGGUGUCUGUUCUGUAAGUGAGCGUCACUGUCACCGUGUGCUUAGGCUCCUGUCCCAUCACCAGUUCUCAGUGCUGGCCCGUUGAGGACAUAACUCUCUAGGACUUACUUUCUGCUCCAGGGGAGCAGAGCUGUGCCCCUCGCCUCAGCCACAAACACAACUAGAGCAGGGGCAGGAUGCCCACCGCUGCCACCACCAGGUGCCACACGUGGGUAUAGAUGGUUCCUUGGGGGGUCUCCCAGCCACCAGCUCCCCAUGGUCGUGCAGAGCCAGGUUACAAGAGGGUAACAUUUCUUUAUUCAGUGCCUUUAGAAAAUGGUUGAUGGGACACAACCAACACACACACACAAAACAAUAAAAAGAUCUACGGGCUUUAAAUUGCAUUAAUUACAAAAAUACAGCAGACUGUAAGAAACAGAAACCAUGUGACUCGCACAGCUCUUGUGGUAAUGAUUUCCAUACAAUAAUAAAAAGCUAGUUACAGUUUUA